CGGACAUGUUGGGCUCCUGAUUGGUGAGCGGCUCCUCCUGGAGCUCAGCUCCGCCUAGAGAGCUCCGACCCCCGGCUCAGUCCUCGCUGCUCAUUGGAGGAAACUCGCUUGAAAAAGUCCACUCAAACUCGCGAGUGUCCCGCUCUGCCGGAAGCUUUUCUGGUUGGUUGUUUCAGAGACUCCCGCUCUCUCUGCACUCAUAUAAGACAAGCUUUCAGCCGCUGCUCUACAUUUUCCUCGAGUUUGAUCUCUAGAAAGAAGCUUCAGGAUGAGCGGAAGAGGCAAAACCGGAGGAAAGGCCAGAGCCAAGGCCAAGACUCGCUCCUCCCGCGCAGGACUGCAGUUCCCCGUGGGCCGUGUCCACAGGCUGCUGCGCAAAGGCAACUACGCGCAGCGUGUCGGUGCCGGAGCCCCCGUCUACCUGGCGGCCGUCCUGGAGUAUCUGACCGCUGAGAUCCUGGAGCUGGCUGGAAACGCUGCCCGCGACAACAAGAAGACCCGCAUCAUCCCCCGUCACCUGCAGCUGGCCGUCCGCAACGACGAGGAGCUCAACAAGCUGCUGGGUGGAGUCACCAUCGCCCAGGGUGGAGUGUUGCCCAACAUCCAGGCGGUGCUGCUGCCCAAGAAGACCGAGAAGGCCGCCAAGACCAAGUAGAGCUGCUGGCCGUCAACACUGCGGGACCGCAGACCCACAAAGGCUCUUUUAAGAGCCACUCACCUAUA